CUCCGCGCCAUGGGGAGCCACGAGCAGCACCGCCGGACGCCUCAAAGCCCCCGCGGCCCCCACGAGCUUUAUUUCAAGACCCUUACUAAGCAAAAACAAAAGGAAGUGAUGGAGAAGAAUGGAAACAAUCGGAAACUUCGGGUUUGUGUUGCUACAUGUAACAGAGCAGAUUAUUCAAAAUUGGCCCCAAUCAUGUUUGGCCUUAAAGCAGAACCACAGUUCUUUGAACUGGAUAUUAUAGUUCUGGGCUCUCAUCUGAUUGAUGACUAUGGGAAUACUUACCGUAUGAUUGAACAAGAUGACUUUGACAUCCACAGCAGGUUACACACAAUAGUGAGAGGGGAAGAUGAAGCCGCUAUGGUGGAAUCUGUUGGUCUUGCCUUAGUCAAGUUGCCCGAUGUGCUCAAUCGUCUGAAACCUGACAUAAUGAUAGUCCAUGGAGACCGGUUUGAUGCUUUAGCGCUAGCUACUUCUGCUGCCUUAAUGAACAUUCGAAUUCUUCACAUUGAAGGUGGAGAAGUCAGUGGGACCAUAGAUGAUUCCAUCAGGCAUGCCAUUACCAAGCUGGCUCAUUACCACGUGUGUUGCACAAGAAGUGCAGAACAGCAUUUGAUCUCUAUGUGUGAAGACCAUGACCGCAUCCUUCUGGCAGGAUGUCCUUCGUAUGACAAGUUGCUGUCUGCCAAAAAUAAGGAUUAUAUGAGCGUUAUCCGAAUGUGGUUAGGUGAGGGUGUAAAACCAAAAGAGUAUAUAAUCGCUUUGCAGCAUCCUGUGACCACAGACAUUAGACAUUCUGUAAAGAUGUUUGAACUGACUUUGGAUGCCCUCAUCUCUUUUAACAAGAGAACUUUGAUUUUAUUCCCAAAUAUUGAUGCAGGGAGCAAAGAAAUGGUUCGGGUAAUGAGGAAGAAAGGUAUUGAGCAUCACCCAAAUUUCCGCGCAGUAAAAAAUGUUCCCUUCGACCAGUUCAUCCAGCUGUUGGCUCAUGCCGGUUGCAUGAUCGGGAACAGCAGCUGUGGUGUACGAGAAGUUGGGGCAUUUGGAACGCCAGUCAUCAAUCUUGGAACACGCCAGAUAGGGAGAGAAACAGGAGAGAAUGUCCUUCAUGUGCGGGAUGCUGAUUCCCAAGACAAGAUACUUAGAGCUUUGCACAUCCAGUUUGGGAAACAAUACCCUUGUUCAAAAAUAUAUGGCGAUGGAAAUGCUGUUCCAAGAAUUCUAAAGUUUCUUAAAUCUAUUGACCUUGAGGAACCCCUUCAGAAGAAAUUCUGCUUCCCCACUGUGAAAGAAAGUAUUUCCCAAGAUAUUGAUCAUAUCUUAGAAACCCAGAGUGCACUGGCAGUGGAUCUGGGUGGAACGAAUCUCCGAGUAGCAAUUGUCAGCAUGAAGGGUGAAAUAGUUAAGAAAUACACACAAUUGAAUCCUAAAACGUACGAGGAUAGGAUAGAACUGAUCCUUAAGAUGUGUAUAGAGGCUGCCUCAGAAGCAGUAGACCUGAACUGCAGAAUUCUGGGUGUAGGCAUUUCUACAGGUGGGAGAGUCGAUCCCCGAGAAGGCGUUGUUCUUCAUUCCACAAAACUCAUUCAGGAGUGGAACGCUGUUGAUCUGCGGACACCGAUAUCAGACGCCCUGCAUUUGCCAGUCUGGGUGGAUAAUGAUGGCAACUGUGCGGCGUUAGCGGAGAGAAAAUUUGGACAUGGGAAAGGAGUGGAAGACUUCAUAACUGUUAUCACUGGCACAGGCAUCGGUGGUGGCAUCAUUCAUCAAAGUGAAUUAAUUCACGGCAGCUCUUUUUGUGCUGCUGAGCUUGGGCACAUUGUGGUAGCAAUGGAUGGACCAGAGUGCCUGUGUGGGAACCAUGGCUGCAUAGAAGCCUAUGCUUCUGGGAUAGCCUUGCAGAGAGAAGCCAAGAAAUUACAUGAUGAGGAUUCAUUAUUGAUUGGAGAUAUGUCUAUGAAAAAAGAAGAUACAAUAACUGCUGCACAUCUUAUUCAGGCAGCUAAACUAGGAAACCUAAAAGCUGACAAUAUUGUUAGAACAGCGGGAACAGCCCUGGGCCUUGGAAUUGUUAAUGUUCUGCACACCAUUAGCCCUUCCCUGGUGAUACUUUCUGGCGUCUUGGCAAGUCAUUAUGUCAAUGUUGUCAAAGAUGUGAUCCGUCAGCGAGCGUUAUUCUCUGUCCAGGCAGUGAAUGUGGUUGUCUCAGACCUGAGCGAUCCUGCCUUGCUUGGAGCCGCUAGCAUGGUUCUGGAUUAUACAACACGCAGGAUAUGCUAAACACCUGGGGGGAAAGUAGAAAUCCUUACGAAGUUUAUAACAGGAAAAAUAUUUCCUACUGAUGUUGGAGGUUUUUGGGGUUGUUUCAGAUGAUUUUGUGGAAACCUCGCCAUAAAAAUCGUUCCCUUCCUUUAUUUAAUUGCUACUUUUAUAUGUUGGAAGAAACGAGGCUCAGAAGAGGACUCUCUUGUAGACAAAAUGAAAUUAAAUACUUCUUGGGAGCUACAAUUUGUAAAAUGUUCUUCUGAAUGUUCUUCUUCCUAAUGUAUUUUCAAAUUGUUUUUCUCAGUAGGUGGUAAUUUCAGUAAGCAGACCUUUGUUAAGCAAGUACAGAAAUAUCCCUGACAGAUAUAUGUAACCAUUUUCAUCUCUGCAGAGCUAGGCAGGCAUGAUCUCUGUGUGAGAGAAAUUGAAAACAUCUCACGGUAAAAUACCCAGCAUUAUGAUGUGACUAUCAAUGAGUACAUUAAUUAGAAUAUAAUCCUUAUUAGGAUGAUUACAUAUGAUGCACGUACAUGUUCACUUUCAAAGUGCUUUUCUUUCAGAAAUGCCCUUCAGAAAUAUUGAAUUAUAGAAUGAUCAUAACUGUCAAUUAUGUUGGCCAGCAGUUAUGGCAGCUGUAAUCUAGAACCCCAUAAAAGGCACAUGUUUGGAGACAUACAGUGUGCUAGGAUGGAGAACAAAAUGUAUGCUUUUUCUCUCUGCUAACAAUAGUCAUAUUUUAUAGACAUCCUCUGAAUUGUGAUUCCUACCACCUGGUUUUCAUGUUCUUUGCUGUAAAUAAUUGAAUUUUGAAAAUACAGGGUGUAAAAAGUUAUCCAUGUGAAACAAAGUAAGAUAGAUUUCUGUACGAAAGUUUGAGCUCCUUUUCCAAAUUCAACAAGUACUUUUGGUUCUUUUAGCCGGCUUUAAUAUGUCAAAUGUCGUACAUAUUCUUGUAUUCCAAAGGAAUAUUUACCUUUUCCUAUUUUGUCCUAUUUUGAAAAAUAUUAUGCAGUAUACAUACGUAUAUUGAUUAAAAUUCUGCCCUAAGCCAAACAACCGUCUUGAGUAUUGAGUAAACUUUCAGUAAACUUUUUAUUUCCAUAAUCUUCCUGGAAUUAUAAAAGAAGGGAAUUUCCAGACCUUGGCUGCCAUUGAACUAUGGGAGUGAGUUGCCUGCAAUGCAAGCCUACCGAGAGAAUCGAGCAAUUAAUAUAAAUACUGUAGCAGAGGGUUCAGUUUAAAUGAAGAGGGUCCAUUUUCAUCCUGAAACUACUGCUACUUUGAAGGAAGCUUGAGCGUCUCAAUACAUUUUGAUUGUAUAUUUUGUUUUGGAGUUCAAAGGAGCAUUUUGCAAAAUACACAACUUAGUUUUCAGCAAUUCUCUUAGAGCUAAAUCUCACCCUGUUUUUCUGUAUGAAAGAAAUUGGAAAACACAUGAAAUGGUGUUUUUGUUGUCAGUUUUGUUCAGUUAGGCAAGCGGGAUGAAAACCAUGACAAUAGUCUGAAGAAAAAUGAAAAUCCAAUCCCCGUGCCACAAACACCUUUCAGACUGGAACAGAUUGCUAACAUUUAAGGUUUUCUCAAACUGAAUCUGCACCUGAAGAGUGAGGGAAAGAAGUAUACAUUUUACUAACACUUCUUCCCGCAACUAUAGUUGGUAAGAAAAGAAAAAUUGAAUUGUUACAAGUAGCCUGCAUUGAAGCUACCACCAAUCUAAAUUUAUUGUUUGGGAUUAUGCCUGUUUUCUUAACCUGAACAAGUUGCGUAUGCAGUUAAGCUCAGCAUUUGGGACAGUUAGGCAAGGGAUGCAGAAGAACAGCCUUACAGAAACAGAUUUGACUUUCCAUGUCCUCUUGGAAGCCUAAUCCAUUUAGUAAGCUGAGUUUCAUCAAGCCAGUUUCUUCUCCAAAUAAUGCUCAACUGCCUUAAAUAUUCAGUGUAUUUUUGGAAAAGUUCUUUAUUUUUGUGCAUACUUACAAGUUAUCCCAAAAUAGUGAAGCUGUCGUUUUUGGGGUGGCUUUUUGUUUGUAAAAUAAUUUGGUAUUAGAUGAAAUGGAAAAGGAAUGUAGUACUGUGCUCACUUGGCUUUUAAACCAUGAAGGAAACAUCCAAGUUCAGCACUAAAUUAUAAUGAUAUAGUGCAAGUAGGGCUGUUGUGGCUUCAGUUUAUCUCUGGUGAGACUUGCAGACUUUUUUCUUGGGGCUUUUGCUCUGAGCAAUGCCAAUCACCUUUGGUGGGGACAUAAAUUCCUAAAGCUC